AUGCCGGCCAAGCAGAGGACGUCCAGUGUCUCGACCAUCCCCGGCGAGCCACCACGUCCGCGGGGCAAACCGCGUGGCCGUCGCCGUGAUCGCGACUGCGUGACCUGCAAGACUCGCGGCCUCAAGUGCGACCUCAAUCGCCCACAAUGUCUGCCCUGCGUGCAGGCAGGGCUGGCCUGUGGCGGCUACCCGAUGCGUGUCGUGUGGCUGGAGGAGCGGCAGCGGCCGACGUCCGCGGCGUCGUCCAACAAAGUGACCAAGCCGUCACGGGCAUCGACAUUGACGGCGCCGUCGACGCCGACACCGAAGUCGACAUUACCGGCCGCAGCACGGGCAAGCAAAUUGACGAUUGCAGCACCAGCACCACCACCAGAACCAGCACCAACGUCAGCACCUCCCAUCUCCUCCUCGCCAACCUUCAGUCUCCCCACCGCACAGCCCUCCUCGCCACAACCCAACAACAUGCUCCCCAUGUCGCCGGCAUCGUCGACCAUGUCUGCCGUCUCGUCACUGCUCAUCGAAAAGACGUGGAGCGAGACCGACCAGAACAGUCUCAUCAUGCGCCUGGCCGCAUUGUGCAACCACGUCCUGACAACAGCAGCACAUGCCCUGGCUACAGGGUCCGCCGACGAGAAUGUCAAUGCCAACACGCACCACCAUGCACACGCACGUCACGCAUCCCACAGCGACGGCCAGGCCAGCAUACCACAUGCAGAACCGGCAACUGCCGCCGCAACAGCCUUACCCUCCACGACCAUUGCCGCCUCCGCCGCAUCAGCCUCAGCCUCGUCUUCCUCCUACCACACGUCUUCUCUUGCGCGGGGAACCAACCACUACCUUUCCUUACCCGAAACCACGGGCCUGCUGUCCGAUCUGUGCGUCUUUAUCCAGGCACGCCUCGAGGGCCGCAGCCCGGCCCCGCGCCAGCAGCCGCUCGAUUCCCUGGAGAUGGUCAAGUACCGCCUCGCCGCCCUCGCCCACAUCAACCGUGCCAUUGCCGCCGCCAACCCCUUUGCCUUUCUGGGCAUUGCUACCUUUGCCGUCUUUGAGGUCUGUGACGACACGGCCUUUGGCGAGUGGCAACGCCACUUGUAUGGCGCACGCCACCUGCUGGACUACCACCACUGCCGGACCCUGGCCGACCUGCACCGGCUGGCAGCCAUGGUCCCGGGCCUGAUGGACAUUUUGGCGCGCCUGGUGUGGUUUGACGUCAGCGGUGCCGUGGUGCAGAGGGCCGUGGGUGGGCCUGUGGAGGCCGUGACCAACAGGGAGGCAGACGACGGUGUUUUGUGUCCCACGCGGCCUGGACUCAUAUUUGACGACUGGCACCGCCAAGUGCUCUUGGACGACGAGUUCUUUGCGACCGUUGGCGUCCCGGCCGACGCCUGCGCGCUGUAUGUUGAUGUCGCCAAAGGCCGUCUGGUCCGCCGCCCUGUCCAAGCGUGUCUGCGCGCUGCCGAGCAGAUCCUGCGCGUGGCCGCCGACCCUGGUCUCAGCGAAUGGGACCUCUCUGCCAAUGUGAGCCGGUGCGCCGCCGCACUGGCUGCGCUCAGCCAGGCCCAGGCCGCACACAGAGAGAUGGGGCACGAGGACGACGAUGCCAUGGCCGAAGACGUGUCGACGUGGGAGUCGACCACCACCGCUGCUGUUGACAAGCUGUGCGCGUCGCUUGCGGCCACACCGGCAUCGUCUCGUUUCUACAUUCACCUGGCUGCCGGUGCGUACGUGGGCGGCAUGCAGGUGCGAACACGUGCGCACUGUGCCGUCAUCAAGCAGUACUGGCUCAACUGCAACGUGUGUGGCAUCUCGCGCUACCCCGGUGGCCUGGCGCUAUGCGAAGAUCACUGGCGCCGGAUCGGGCUGCUCUGUGAGGAGGAUGACGAGACAUGA